CCCAUCUGCCUCAAAUUGCCCAUCUGAUGUCAUCUCGCCGGCAACAUUUUCCUCCCUGUCUGUUUAUUUCAUUGCAAUCACUUUCAGUUGCAACACAAACCGAUGUCAGCUUGCAUAUCGCGAGAGGUUUAGAUCGCAUAUGGUCACGCAUCUCUCCCCACCAUGCGUUUGUUGUGGAGUAUGGAGCAGCUGAACUAGACGUCUCGUUUGGACGGAUCGAGGUGGACGUUUAACACAACAGGUUAUUAGGGUUUCGGUCAACGAUAGGCGGUCAUGUCUGCGCGAGAAAGGCUUAAAGAGAGGAUGGUUAAAGAAAGCGUGACAUUGCUGCCUUGCUUUUAUUUCGUGGAGCUUCCUCUUCUAGUCUCAUCUAUGGUCAGCUUGUAUUUCCUGGAGUGGACGGACGUUUUCAAACCGGUCCGCUGGGGUUUCAGCUGUCAUGACCGCAGUUUGAGUCUUCCUUACAUCGAACCAUCACACGAGGUCAUUCCGUUCCUCAUGCUCCUCAGCUUGGCCUUUGCUGCACCUGCCAUUGCGAUCAUGAUCGGAGAGGGGAUUCUGUUCUGCUGUCUGUCCCGAACGCAGUGCGGAGGCGGGGCUGAAGCCGAUAUCAACGCUGCCGGCUGCAACUUUAACUCUUUCGUCCGGCGAGGUGUCAGGUUUGUGGGUAUCCAUGUGUUUGGCCUAUGUGCCACGGCUUUGAUUACUGACAUCAUCCAGCUGUCGACCGGUUACCCCACCCCCUACUUCCUGACCGUCUGCAGACCAAACUACACCCACCUCAACACUUCCUGUGAUGAAAGUUUCUUCAUCCUGGAGGACAUCUGCUCAGGAUCAGACGCCGCUGUCAUAAACGCCGGCAGAAAAUCCUUCCCGUCACAGCACGCCACACUUGCGUCUUUUGCAGCAGUGUACGUCUCGAUGUACUUCAACAGUACGCUGACGGAUUCAUCCAAACUGCUGAAACCUCUGCUGGUGUUCUUCUUCAUUAUUUGUGCCAUCAUCUGUGGUCUUACCCGAAUCAUUCAGCAUAAGAACCACGCUGCUGAUGUUUACCUGGGCUUCCUGCUUGGUGGCUGCAUCGCUAUUUACCUGGGGAGGUUUGCUGUAGGGAAUUUCCAGCCCAGCGAGAAACGUACAAGUUAUGUUCGAGAUUCUCACCGAACUAUGACCGACCUCUGCCAGCAGGGUCACCACCUCCCUGCCAAAAGCUUCAGUGACGGUCUCUCGUCUUCCCGCUCCGAGGGCAUCCUCCACCGCAACACCCGGCACCACCAAGCCGGAUCUGUCAGUAGUCUCAAGAGACCCGGCCGAGACGUAGAGGUCAUCAGCCCCCGCAAUCCCCCGCUCAAGGAGAACAUGGUGACCUUCAGCAACACCCUGCCCAGAGUGCACACGCCCGCCAUGGACGAUUCCGCCUUCCGCAACGCCACCAUCCACACCAGCUCGGUGGAUUCGAGUCGAUCCAAGCAAUUGCUGUCCCAAUGGAAGAGCAAGAACGAACAUCGUAAACAUGCAGUGGAAGGCGAGGCAGGUAAGUCUCCUCCCAACAGCAUGGAUGCCCGCUGCAACUCUGAGCCGGCUGUGGGUAUUAACGGUGAACACCAGGGACCCGGAACACCAUAUGUAAAACUGGCCACUGGAAGUACGACGUUACCCAGCAACCCCAGUGGAAUCGCUGGCGGCACUCGCAUGCAUGUGCAGUCCCGUCCUGGUUCCUCGCAGUUGGUGCACAUCCCAGAGGAGAUGCAAGAGGGUGGCGGCAGCAUUCGGGACAAAUGGCUGAAGAGCAUAGAGAGGAGCGCGGAGAAGGCCGAGGUACCGGUGGUCAGGACUAACUCUAACGGACAACCGCGCAUCAUGCAGGUCAUUGCGAUGUCAAAGCAGCAGGGCCUGAUGCAGGGAAGCUCUCCCAGUUCUGAAAGCAGCAGUCACACCAGCUCCACGGCACCGUUGCAGCGCUACAAGAGCCUGACGGAGGAAUCUGGAGGUCAGGGCAGCUCAGGGACCAUCAUUAGGGUGGAGGCCCAUCCAGAAAACGGUCGGCCGUUGGUGCAUGCUCACUCCACAGAUGGCAGUGGCUCCUGGACGUGGAAGUCCCAAAGCAGCUUUAGACAGUCGAUUGAGCUGAAUGAUUUGAAUCGCGACUCGGAGAGCUCUGAAUCCGUACGUGAUGGAAACAGCUCUACGGACCGAAAGAGAAAUGGUGUUCCCAAAGUCGUUGCCGCGGCAACCGUCCCCACUGUCUCCACAGCAGGUGGGGACCAACACCCCAACCAAACCAUUUCUACCAUUCGGGUCACUCCCAUGGAAAUGACAGAGUUAGGACCGGCGAGCCGUGACACAAGCUUACGCAGAAAAACAAGGAUCCUGAUCCCCGAAAGAGGAAACAGUCCAGAUAACACCAGAAACAUUUUCUACAAGGGAACGUCAAGCACCCCAGCAUUCAAAGAGUAGUCAUUACAUCUAAAACAACGGACAAAUGAAAUAAAAACAGAUGUUGGGGGUUUUCAUAGACACAUUUGUUGCUCUGCAAAGAAUUAUUUUUUUUGUUUUUUGUCUUGUUUGCCGUUCAAAUAAUUGACAAACAAAAAAAUUGACAAAUUUAAUUGACAAACAAAAAUAAGAAAAAUUAAACAAGCACAAAUAUCUGUCAUUGGGAUAAGAAAAAUAAACUUAAGUUUUAAAAUAAAAUUCAAGUUUUAACAUAAUUCAAUAAACUUA